UGGGAGGGGGAGGAGGAGGCGUACAGUGUACGCUUCGCGGUGCCGUACAGAAAUAAAAACUGCGCAAUUUCAAAUGAGGACCAGUUUGGAAGAUCCCUAAGAAAAAAAUCUUUCUGCCAGCCGUGCCCCAUUCCUGCUACCCAUGGAAAGUGGCGACCCAGGCAUCUGAUCAAGUGCAUCCAUCCCACGCGAAGAGCCUGCCCUCUGUACAUCUUCGCCAGGGCUGCCCGUUGAAUCUGGUUUUACUGCGUGUGGCACCCAGAAGUGCACGGCGUGGAAGUGGAAAAGCCCAGAGACCUGGUGUGAGGGGGUGUCGGAGGUGAAGGGGGGCAAUGGAGUUGGAGAAGACCUUCGCCGUGCAAAACAAUUCUGGCUGCAAAUACAGACUGCGUGGCUGCCCGGCUGUCAAUCAAAGAGGCAACAAAAUCCACUCACACUUGGGAGAUCCCGGGAGCACGAGGAGGCGAGGCGCGCGCCGCUGCCCAGACAUGAAGCUAUUUACUCAAACACUGUGGUCUCGAGUCCUGUUUCAUCCAACAAAUGAAAAGCACUGGAUGGCCUCUCGUGCUCCCCACAACUUCCUCUUUUCUUAUGCAGUCACCUGAAAAGAUACCACGGCGUAUUAAAACCUGCAAAGGUGUAUUUUUGGUGGACCUUUCUGGGAGUAGGUGUUGACAGUUACUAUAUGGAGAGAGACGAUUGCUGUUGAGGAUUUUCUUCUGGCAUAUUGGUAGAAAGCAGCUUUUUCUGAGGAUGACACAAAAAGCAAGUGGAAACUUGAAGAUGUAACUGCCCUUCCCUGGUGGUGAGAGAGAGUGAGCAGACUGUUGAGGAUGUUAAUGUGCUGAUAGCACAGCCUUCUCUUCUUGUGUCUAAUUGCCAUCCACAAGAUUCCUUGUCCCCUGCAGUGUAUUGAAAUCAAUGCCCUGAGAUGAUUGUAUGGAGAAAGUGAAUUGAAGCCUUCGUUUAAAAGAAAUUAAUCAAGCGCAUGUUCACAGGGUAUGAUGGAGCAGCAGUGAACACAUUUGCUGACAAGUGAUCUUGAAUUUCGAUUAAGCACCCACAAGUACGAACAGGGAUCUUGAAUCUCUCUGUUAAGCAAGACAAUUAGGAGCAGGCCGGCCAGUAGGUGAGGAACUGGCAAAUACAGUUACUGUGGCUGGAUGCAUCACACAUCGGAUCAGUUUGGGGGGCGCAGCACACAGGAUAAUUUUCCUCUGGAAAGCCUAAGCCAAGGCAGAGGAUGGGGACCCACAGGGGGCCGUUCAUGGCUUCCACCAUCAUCCAGGUGUGCUAGCAGCACAAGCCAACCAUCCCUUCCACCUCACCCUCCUCCUCCUCCUCCUCCUCACAUGAGUGGUCUUGUACAUCCCAACAAGCUCAUGGUUUCAGCUGGGUCUCUGCCCCGUACAUUGCAUGACAAGAUUGAUGCCAUUCAUGGUUUAGCACAAAGCCUGCUGCGAGAUCAGCAUCAGCCACGUUUGUGGGAGCAGCUGGGGCAAAUCUAUGAAUCGGAGCAGGACUUGGAGGAGGCACUGCGCUGUUAUCAGAACGCCUUACGAUAUCAGACGUAUGGUGGCGGCUACAACCACCUCUCCACACAUGUUAGCCAGCUGCAGCGGUUUCUUAAUCCUCACCAGCAUCGGCCUCGCACUCUGCCUUUGGUUGUUGAUGUGUGGAGCCUUCUACAGCAGCAACCCAGAAAUUUUCCAGGGAAAAACAAUUGUCAACUAAAACGUCCUGCUACUCAUAUGGACCAUACGGUGAUCCAUCACACGCCAGGUAUUCAUCACAUGAUUUCCAGUGCUGCACCAAAUGAUGAGAUUCCAAGUCAAGUGAAGAGAAAGAGAAGCAGUAGUCCUGAUCAGGUGCACCAUGGAGGGUUACAGCGAACACCUAUCACAAACCCUCACCAUCAAGGCCAUUACCAGCAGUCUAAGCCCAACCUAUGGAACCCUCUGCAUAAGAGUGGCCAUUCCUGGCAUCACCCUGAAAGGAAGAGCACACAGGCUGAUUUCCAGGAUCAGCAGAAGAAUAUUUUAGGAGGUUAUCCAUGUCGAACAAAUUUAAGCAACACCUCCUCAUCGCUUAGCCCUCCUGCCUUAACAUCUCCACCUCAGUUCAUCAACAGAAGUAACUCCAAAUCACAGCUACAGACUACCACCAGCUCCUUGAUGAACCAGAUUCAUGACGGUGCAAGCAUUAACAGCCCCAAUAUAUUACCAAGUACUUUAAACAGCCAGCAUCAAUUACAAUGUUCAGCAUCAGGAGAAGGAAACCGCAACAGUUACAAUCAAAGCCGGCUGACAGUUGAAAGUGCAGCCCGGAAUGAGCUCAGGGGCAAUCCGAGAAGUGACUCCAGAGAGCCUCGUGUCAUAGGUAGUGAUAGCCAGCAGGCUAGACUUGAGCAGCAAAGCGUCUCACCAGCAGAUAUUACCUGUGUGCCUUAUAACACUCAUCACCAACCCAACAAUAGCACAGUUGCUGGAACUCCUCAUAGCCUGGCCACUGUGUCAUCUUCAGCCUCAUCGAGUGAAGUCUGGAGAAAAGAACAGCAUUCAUCAUCCGGUGGCAAUGGCUCUCAUCUAACAGCAGGACUGUACUCCCGUAGCCAAGGGCUUGAAACUCAGGGUCAUAACCGACCUUCAGAAGGGGAUACAGCUUUGGUGGUGCAUGAGCAUAAACCAUCCAGCCCCCCUUCCUUGUCAGGAACAGCUGCCAUUGUUACCACUGCCACUAACAUUAAUCAUGCCAGUAUGUACAACAGCAGCAGCACCUCCAAAACAGUUCAGGUUACAGCACCCUCCACUGGUAGCACCACAGUGGGAAACCUUAUUAGGACUACAGCAGACUGGAAGGGAGACUCCAGGAAAGAUUUAUCUCUUUCAUCAGCCUUUGUGAAUCCUGGAGUAACUGAUGGAAUUGGGUCAAUGUAUGGCAAAGAUGUACAUGGGCCAUUAGUUAAGCAGGAGUCCUUCUAUGAUCACAGCAACAUUUCUGUAACUGCUGCUCCUUCAUCCAGUGUAAUUAGCCCUAACAUUAGGACCAGUUUUCAACAGUCAAAAGUGAAAAGUAUGAGUAACGAAAAGGAAAUUGGUGGACUGCAAAAUGUGAAUACUGCUAAACCUACUGUUCCCCCACCUACGGCAUUUGAAACAGUCCAGCCAUUGUCUGAUCAACCCUUAUCUUCUCAGGCUCAUGAAAGCCCUUACCAUAAAUCUUUUCCUAGAAAAACUCAAAGCAUUGAGGAGGUAUUGGACAAGUUGGAUGCAGAACUUGAAAGGCGGACACAAAGUGAAAUAGAAUUAUUGGAGGUGGAGAAGGAGGAGCAAAAUGUAAAUGAUACAAUGCCCAUUUUGACUUGUAAUGAUGACAAGGUGUCUCCAGCUCAGUCUGUUUCAAAUAAAAAGUUCCAGCAACGAUGUAUUGAGAAAGAUACAGCAAGAAUGUCAGCAUCUUCUCUUUACUGGACAACUGGAAAUAGUAAUGCUAUUCACCUCCCCGCCUCUCCAGCUGAAGACGAGCGACCAAAAACUCCUGGACUUGACCUUGGUGCUGAGCAGGAGAAGCAGAGGAACAGGAGUGAAAGCAAAAACAGCAGGGAGAUGCAAGGACCUCAGGUAUCACAGUCACCAAAUACCUCAGGAACUACAUCUUACAGACCCUCCGAAAUGGAUGGUCUAUUAAUGCAACAAACAGCAGCAGUUUUACCCAAAGAUCUAGCAAUGCUAGGAGCUGUAAGAGGCAAUCGGACACCAUCCCAGGGGGCAACAUCUCCAUGUUUUACAAUGGACAGACGGCAGGAUUGCUUAAAAGGAGUAGUAAUAAAAAAAGAGACAGAACCUGUAAAAAUAGAAAAUGGUAAGAAGUUGUUUGAAGAUUUUUCUGCCAGCCCUGGUGGUCAGGCUGAUCAGUUUGAGGAGCCAUCAGAAUUGUCCACCAUUUUGCCUGACGGUUUAGCCAAUAUCAUGAAAAUGUUGGAUGAGUCUAUUAAAAAAGAAGAAUUAUAUAAGAACACCAGUCAAGUUAAGGAUCAGUAUAGCUGUGUCUCCCCGGUUAGGAGCUGCAUACAAGCCACAACAGAAAGGGGUCAACCUCCUCCCCUGCUGGAAAGACCAAAAGCUACUCUGCAAAGCUCCAGCCUUAACAUUAAUGCAGUCAACAAGACUCCACCUGUUCUCAGUAGGCAGGGGUCUGUGGCUUCUCUGUCAUCAUCUUACAGCCGGUCUUCCUCUUUUUCUGAAGAGGAUACUAGAAGCCCGGUGAAAUUGAGUCCCAGUUAUACAAGAAAACCUAGGCAACUGGAUAUAACAGAAUCCCCAGUUAAGGAUCAUGUUUCCAGUAGCAAAUACCAGGAUUCUAGAGUUUGUGAUGUUUCUGAGAAUAUUGAUGUCAAAAAAUCUGAAGACAAAUUACAGAAGAAAUUAACUCCUGAAAAGUCUAUCUUUAAAAAUGACAAAGAGAAGUUGUGCUCCAUGAAGGAACACCAUGAAACUGCGUUGAAUGAGACACAAGACUCUCCUCCCCCUUAUGCCCCACUCCAGCAGACUGGAGUAGGUAACAUGUUUAAAUCUCUUGCUUCAGUACUUGAAAGUCAAAAAUAUUCCUACAGGGGUGGCCCUUUUGGUAGACCGCCAGCUGGAAGUCGUGGAAGCAGUGGAUCUUCUUUGAAGUACAAGCCGUCCAUCAGUGGAGAUUUCCCCAGAAAGAGUCCUGUAUGCAGUGAAUCACUAGCAUUUUCUUCUCAGUUAACUACCUCAGAUUAUGAAGAAAUGUGGUGCAGUAAAACUCAUUCUGUGGUGCCCAAAAAAGAGAUUACCCAAUGUAGCUCAAGAGACUCGAAUAAAACCGAAAUAAAGCAAGAAGAAAUGGGAACUGAUGCAGAUAUUAAGCAGGACUUUUGUGAGGGGCAAGACAAAACUAAGGUCAUGCCAGUGACAGAAAAGGAUGGCAUAAUAAUGAGUAAAAAGGUGAAUAAGGUGAAGGAGGAAAGGAAGCAGACAUCAGUGUCAAAGACAUCCCUUGCAGAGCAGGGACGUAGUUGUGAAGUUCUUUUGACGCGAUAUGAAAUUCCAGAAGGAAGCUGCUGUGUAAAGGCAGACAAAGACAGAAAAAAUGAAAAGGAAAGAGAAAAAGAGAUGGAGAAGGAAAAAUCAGGAAAAGGACAGAAGAUUGAAGAUAGACAUCGACGAAGAAGUAGGAAAGAGCACAAAAAGCACCGGAAAAGGGAUUCUUUGUCUGCCUCCACAUCCUCCUCAGGAAAUGGGCUCAGCAGCAGAUGUAGUUCACAGAAGCACAAGGAUAAAGAAAGCAAAGCUCAUAAGGAUAAGAGCAGACAGGUGCUAGGAAAUUUGGACAUGCAGAGCAAAGAGGUUCAAGGCAGAGAGAAAAGCAAAGCGGAAGGAACUAGCGCAGCAUCCACAAAGGGUGAAUCAAAGAGGUCGUCUAACUCUGGAAAUGUUAAGAAGGAAGAGGCAUCAGCAACAGUAUCUUCUGGCGGAAACCAUAAAGCUGGAAGCUCUUUAGGACCCGCAGACCUUCUAAAGCUGAAGGCACUUUCUGAUGGUCCCCCUAAAGAGCUGAAAAUUCGUCUGAUUAAAGUGGAAAGUGGGGAUCGUGAGACCUUUAUUGCUUCGGAGGUGGAGGAGAAGCGAAUUCCCCUUUCAGAAAUCACCAUUAAAAACGCGGCUAGUGAAGUGAUCCGGGCCUGCAAGAAUGCAAAAAUUAAAGGGAAGUUUUGGGAGUCCCACCUUCAACCAGAAUUUUCUGUGAAGCCAAAUAUGGGAAAUGAAGAAAAUCUUCCAAGAGAGAAACUGAACCCACCUACCCCAAGUAUUUAUUUGGAAAGUAAGCGCGAUGCUUUCUCCCCAGUGCUUCACCAGUUUUGCACAGACUCAAAAAAUCCCAUUACUGUCAUCCGAGGCCUGGCUGGGUCACUGCGCCUUAAUCUGGGCCUGUUUUCAACUAAGUCUUUAGUAGAAGCAAAUGGAGAUCAUUCUGUGGAGGUUCGCACACAGGUUCAGCAGCCUUCAGAUGAAAACUGGGAUUUCGCAGGCAACAAACAGACUUGGCCAUGUGAGAGCAGCCGUUCUUACACCACUAUUGCAAAGUAUGCUCAGUAUCAGGCAUCAUCUUUCCAGGAAAGCUUACAGGAGGAGAAAGGCAGUGAUGAAGAUGAGGAUGAAGAGGAACAAGUCAGCACACCAGUGCCUUCUAUCAACAGUUCGGAUCAGAAAGGGAAGAUAAUAAAGUUUGGGACAAACAUUGAUCUCUCUGAUCCCAAGCGAUGGAAGCCACAACUCCAGGAGCUUCUCAAGUUGCCCGCUUUUAUGCGAGUUUCCUCCAGUGGCAAUAUGUUAAGUCAUGUAGGAUAUACCAUUUUGGGCAUGAACACCGUGCAGCUGUAUAUGAAGGUGCCAGGCAGUCGCACACCAGGUCACCAAGAAAACAACAACUUCUGUUCUGUCAAUAUCAACAUCGGGCCUGGUGACUGUGAAUGGUUUGCAGUGCAUGAGAGCUACUGGGAAACAAUUAGUGAAUUUUGUGAGCAGCAUGGUGUGGAUUACUUAACGGGCUCCUGGUGGCCAGUUUUAGAAGACCUUUACAAGGCCAAUAUUCCAGUUUACCGCUUUAUCCAACGACCAGGAGAUCUUGUGUGGAUCAAUGCAGGGACAGUACAUUGGGUACAAGCAGUUGGCUGGUGCAAUAACAUUGCCUGGAAUGUGGGCCCACUUAUUGCAUAUCAGUACCAGCUUGCACUGGAGAGAUUUGAAUGGAAUGAUGUGAAAAAUGUCAGGUCCAUCGUGCCCAUGAUUCAUGUGUCCUGGAAUAUUGGGCGUUCUGUCAAAAUCUCUGAUUUUGACACCUUCAGGAUGGUCAAACACUGUUUGCUACAGUCCCUAAAAAACACACAGAUUCUGCGAAACAGGCUCAUUCAAGAAGGAAAGAAGAUCUCUUACCAGAGCCGUGUCAAAGACGAGCCAGCGUACUACUGCAAUGAGUGUGAUGUGGAAGUCUUCAAUAUCCUUUUUGUUACAUGUGAGAACAGCAGCCGUAAGACAUACGUGGUGCACUGUGAAGACUGUGCACGCAAGCGCAGCCAAAGUCUGCUAAACGUGGUGGUGCUUGAGCAGUACAAAACUGAGGAGCUGAUGCAAGUUUAUGAUAACUUUGUUCUGGCGCCACAGCCAAGCUCAAGAUGAGACAUCAUUAAGGGUCCAAAGCCACAACCAAAACAUGGCUCCAGUAGCUGGGCAACCUGCAACCUUACGCAUUAGCCAUUCAACAGUUUACUUACCUUUGUUUACAAUACCGCAACAGCCAAUCAACACUCACCUUGCCUCCGCUCACUGGUGGCUGAAAAGAGACACGUACUCUGUAGAGAAUGCUUAAUGUAGAGUCAACCAGCAAGAUAAAAAAGAAAACAAAACAAUCAAGACAGAUGUCUGAUGGAGGGGUAGGGGAUGUGCACCAGCUGCCACACAGGUGGACCUUAUGAUGAAAACGACGAUUUGGAACUAAACUUUUAUUUGUUUUGUUUUUAAUUUUUUAAAUUCUUUUUCUAUCCCCCUUUGGGUACAAAACAAAGUUGUGACUUGGAAAAAAAAUGUUGCAACUUGAAUUAAAAAAAAAAAAGAUUUUUCUUAAAAAAAAAAAAAAGAUCAAACAGCCUGGUAAGAUACCACAUUGGCCUUGGACUUAUUUAAAUAAGCAGAAGAAAGAGGACAUUUUUUUAAAGCAUUAAAGAGAAAAAAUAAUUGAGACACAAACACAGUGGUUUUGGAAUGCUUCUAAUACGGGUUAUAGCAAGAACUAUUCUGUCCUAGAGAAUCUUGUAUUUGUGUUGUAACAGUGUGGUGUAUGCAUAUUUUAUUUGGAUUUUUGUUUUGUUUUUAAGUACAAUUUGAGACUGUAAUGCCCAUCCUAACAUGUUUUCUUGAUCGCGUGAUCAUUCUUUUACCUCCAGAUUUUUAUUUGUGUAUUUCCUUUAUGAAUUGUAAAUUUCUUUAUUUAUAUAUUGUUUCUCUUCUAUUUAUUGGAUUUAGAUGUUUCUCCCCCAUUUUUUUAGUGUUUUUCAGAUUCACAUUUUGUUUGUUUUUUUUAUUGCAAUUAAUCUGUAAUAUUUGGAAAAAAAAUGGUUUGGGGGUUGGGGGGGUGGAUCUUAUGGUGCUUUUUUCUCAGUAUAUACAUAUAUAAAUAUAUUAUAUAUAACUUUUAUUUCCUUAUGUCCCACAAACCACAUAGAGCCAGUCCGUUGAAAUUCAUUCUUUGUUUUUUCUUUUCUUUUAAUGCAAAAAAAAAAAAAAAAAGAAUUAUGAUUUUAGGAGCUUUUGCAGAAAUAAGGACAAUUUGUAAAGUUAAACUAAAUCAAUAUUAACUGUUUGAAAUGAUAACUAAUAGGUUUGGCAUAGAUUGUUUUUACUUAUUUUGUUUAGUAUUUUUCCUAUUAGAAUUUUUGUCUCAUUUUCUGACACAAAAUUGCAUCUUUUUUCGGAUUUUAAUGCACUGUUUUCAAAUUCAUACACAAACUGAGCCAGAUCUGUCUUAAAAAUCCUCUUGUGAAGUUGUGUGACAUAAUUAUUAUUAUUAUUAUUAAUAAAAAGUUUUGAUAAA